AUGAUUGAGCCUCCACUUCGUGCACUGAAUAAUCCAGUUUUGUUUACAUAUUUCUCCUCACUUGCACAUUUAAAAAUGCUUAAAUUCUUAAAGCUCAGCUAUGCAGAUUGUAUCUGGAGAUGUGGGGAAGCUUUCUCUCUGUGGAGAAUUUACACGAUACCAGAUGGAGAUUUCAUAAGCAGUGGAGAAUAUCAGGAGAGCCGCACAGUUUUGGUGGAUGGAAGUGAUCACUAUGGAGUUUCUGCUGUUAGUGUUGAUAGGAAAGAGGAGCUGGUGUGGAUGGGAAAUUCAGGAGGACACGUGACAUCAUAUCUAAGCACAGACCUCAUGAAGUACACUUCAUUCCAAGUGCAUGCCACUGAAGAAAUUCGUGAUAUUUGGGCUUAUGACCUUGGGAUACUUGCACUGACACCUACUUCAUUAAAUAUGCGCACCAGACAAGGAAUUCCUGCCUUCACACACCAGUCGCCACAGUUAGAGAACAUGCAAUGUAUGCUCCAACUGGGAGGAAACUUCUCUCACAGACUGUUGCUGGGAGGUCAUCAGAGUUCCAUGGUAGAAUUUGAUCUCACCCGCCAGGAGCAAACCAGAUGUCACCAAGUGGGAGAGCAGGGUUGUGUUAUUCUACGUGAUCAUCCUAGGUUUGUUUGCCAUGGUGAUCUCACUGGAAGAAUAGUCCUUCAUGAUCCUCGAACAAUGCGUCAGGAACAUUCUUUCCAAGCCCACACUGGCAGCCUUUCGGACUUUGAUGUACUGGGAAAUUAUAUUGCUACAUGUGGAUUGUCCAACAGAAUGGGUCAAUUACUGGGAGAUCAAUUUGUUAUGGUGUUUGACCUGCGGAUGAUGAAGUUAUCUCUACCCUUGCGUGCUUUGGUACCUCCUUUCCUGUUGAGGUUUGUACCAGGCCUGUCGUCAUGUCUAGCUGUUGUCUCAGUGGGACAAUGGCAGCUGAUGGAUGCGGGACAACCAGACAAUGCAAUCAUGAGCCUAAGUUAUCAGAUCAACUGUGUUCCUGAAAGUGUAAUUACAACAUUUGAUGUUGCAUCUUCAUCACAAGCCAUUGUAUUUGGAGACAGUUUAGGGUCACUGCAUCUCUUCACAUCAGGCAGCAAGCCUACAUUCAAUAAUUUCUCUCAAGAAACCAUGAUGCCAGACUUACCUGAACAAACACAGACAAUGCCUCUGACUGAUAAAACAGCUUCUUUAGCAUCCAUACCUAUGUAUUAUCCAACAAGUGCAUUGCUAUCGGAAUGGCCAGAGCAGUAUAUGAAAGUUGGUUACAGACCAACACCCCCAGUUGAUGCAGCAAUUCUUUCAAGUAUGAAAAUUGUCGGUUCUAUUGGUUAUGCCCCAAACUUGCAUAACAAGAAAAGAAAUCAGGUUCCAUAUAAGUUUAAUCGUACAAAAGGACAGAAAUCCAGUGCAAGUGAAAAUGUGUUGGGAAAAAAUGAUGAAGGUAUCACAGUUCAUGUUCCAUGGAGGUACCGAAAAUUAGAGAUUAAGUACGGCAAGCUUGGCAUGGAUGACUUCGAUUACGAUCAAUACAACCGAACCAGUUUUUCUGGUCUGGACAUGUCUCUUCCUAAUUCCUACUGUAAUCCAAUGAUACAGAUGUUUUAUUACAUUGCACCCCUUCGUGCUUUGAUGAUGUCUCACUUGUGUGAGCGAGAGUUUUGUUUAGUGUGUGAGCUGGGCUUCCUGUUCCACAUGCUUGAUGUCAGUAUGGGACAGGGAAUACCUUGUCAUGCUUCAAACUUUUUGAGAGCAUUUAGAACAAUUCCUGAAGCUUCAGCAAUGAGUCUUACGCUGUCAGAUCAAGACAAUAGAGCAAAGAUAAAUUUUGCUUCAAAAAUCCAGAGUUGGAACAGGUUUGUGCUACAACAGUUGCAUACAGAAACACUAGAAGACAGAGCUAAUCACUCCCAUGUUGACUCCUUGGAUGAGAGAAUGUUUCAGAAUAGCUGCCAGAUUGAUACAAGUCUGGAAGAACCAGAAAUUACUAAGGCCGAAGAAGGGCAUAUAGUUGAAAGGCAAGACAAAAGGGAAUAUUCACCAGUAGCAGUUAUUUUUGGUUCACAUGUAGUCAGCAUCAACAAGUGUACCAGGUGUAACCAUGAAAUUCACAAAGACACAACUUCCCUUCUUGUUAACCUUACUUUUCCCGAGUCUUUAGAGGGCCGCUGUUCAUUUUCAUCAGUGGUUGAACGCAGUAUGAGUCUUGAGCAGACAAGACAAGCCUGGUGUGAUUCUUGUACUAGGUAUCAACCAAUUGAGCAGUGGCGGCGCUAUAAGACACUACCAGAUAUUUUGGCUAUGAACUGUGGCCUUGACAGUGCUCAAGAUUUCAGGUUCUGGAAGCACCAGUUUGAACUUUUGUUGACAGAUGUCCGGGAUAAAAAAAGAGAAGAAAAGAAAAAAUCUGAAGCUAAAUAUGGAAACAAUGAUAAAGAAUUGAGUAAGGCAAAUGAAAGAAAUACUCCUUCCCUUACUACAGGUAGUCCAUCCACACCAUCAAAGAGGUACCCAGACAGCUCUUCCUCACAGCCCUCUCCUGCUCGACCUUGUAGGUAUGGUCAGGGUUGUACUCGUCAUGACUGCAGAUUUUGGCAUCCUGGUCGUGACGCCGGAGAAGGUCAGCAACCAGCACAUGUACUUAGUCUCCUGGACCAAACAAUGGAAUAUUCAUGGGUGCCACCUGGUAUGAGAGCUAAACUUAAUGAGGAUGGCACUGUAUCACUCUCGGAUAUCACAAAAAGUGAGCUUGAAGAUGCCAAAGACAAUGAAUGUGGUGUUGUCUAUGAGCUUGUCGGUGUUGUAUCCCACAUAGCUGACCCACGCUUCCCUGAUAAAAACAAUUUGGUAGCCUGUAUCAGGGUUGGUCCAGGCUAUCAUGUACGUGCCAAAGUGUCAUCUGUUUCCCACUGGUAUCUUUUUAAUGAUAUAAGUAUCCAGCCAAUUGGACAAGAAGAAGCAUUAUGGUUUCCACUAGGCUGGAAGACACCCUGUGUUCUGUACUGGCAGCGACGGCAGUUACCUUCCGAAUCCCAUUCCGUAGAACAAAUUAAUCCAAUUACUGUGGAUGUAUUUGGUGAAGAUAAGUCAUUAGCACAACGUGGAAGGAAGAGGAUCACUUUCACACCUCUUACAGCUGAUGAAAUGCCUGGGGAAGGUGAUUUGGUAGCCAUGGAUGCAGAGUUUGUGAACCUUCACCAGGAAGAAGCAGAGAUUCGUAGUGAUGGUACUAGAACUACUAUUAAGCCAUCACAAAAGUCUGUUGCAAGGAUUACCUGCAUAAGAGGGCAAGGUCCACUGGAAGGCACACCCUUUCUUGACGACUAUAUUUCUACUCAAGAACAAGUGGUGGACUACCUCACUCAGUUUUCAGGGAUUAAACCUGGAGACCUUGAUGCUAAUUUUUCUCAAAAGCAUUUAACAACCCUCAAAUCAACUUACGUCAAACUUAGAUACCUAGUUGAUAAAGGAGUGAAAUUUGUAGGACAUGGAUUAAAGAAUGAUUUUAGGGUAAUUAACAUGACAGUACCAAUGGCACAGCUGAUAGAUACUGUGCACCUCUUCCACAUGUCACAUAAUCGGAUGGUCUCCCUUAAGUUUCUCGCCUGGCAUUUCCUUAAACUCAAGAUCCAGAGUGUAACCCACGAUAGCAUAGAGGAUGCCAGAACAGCUCUUGCUCUGUAUCAGAAGUACUGUGAAUUAAAAGCUAAUGGUGAUUUAGUCAUGGAGCUCCAAACAUUGUAUGAAGCUGGCAAGAAGGCACAGUGGAAAGUACCUGGGGAAGAGGAAGAAGAUUAAAAAAGAAAAUGAGAAGUGACAUCUGAAAAUAAAUUAUAGUGAUCUAAGUUAUAGUGCAGUGACAAAACAUUCAGAUUUUGUGAACUAAUGUUUGUAACCUCAGAGAAUUUUCUCCCUUACAGAGUAACUUGUAUACGAGGAAAACAAACCUUCAUUGGGAGAAAGUAUUUUGAAGGAAAGACUAAAUUACCAGGGGACAUUUCUGCCGAGACUUAUUUUUAAUUUAUCGUAACUUAUUUUCACUUGAAUAGAGGCAUGUUUGUUUACCUGAGCAUAUGAUAAGUAGCUAAUAUUUAAAUUAUGGUUACCAACAUCAAUUUUAAUUUGUAAACUGACAGUAUUGACACUAGUAUGGAUAUAUUAUCAUCACACUGGCCGAUUCCCACCAAGGCAGGGUGGCCCGAAAAAGAAAAACUUUCACCAUCAUUCACUCCAUCACUGUCUUGCCAGAAGGGAUGUAUGUAUGCCAGUAUGGAUGUGGAUGCAUAAAAUAGUAAUAGUAUGUACCAACAGAGUGACAGCGAUAUGUGGGAGGCUAUGGUAUUUUAUUUGAAGUUUCAUCCACCAGGGACUUAUCAAUUCACACACAAAAAAAGUAAAAUGUGAGACAGUAGUUGAUACUUAUCGCUGUGUGAAUUGCUAGAUGAAAUGUCUUCAUAUAAAAUAACAAACCCACAUGUCAUUACCAUGAUGGAUAUUGGCGACUAAUACAGGUAUUAAACUUUCUUCUUAAAUGCUUAGUGAAAGUUAGAGGGAAUGUUGGUGUAUAGUAAAAUGUCUGCUAGAAUUAUGUUCAUGGGAAGGGAUUAACUUAUAAGGAUCAUACAGCACCAGGGGAAUGGGAGACAGAUUCAAUAUAAGGAACUUAGGCUGCUUUUAUUAAUGCUAAAUUAAACUAAUUUUCUUUUUAAUCUUUAGGUUACAAAUUUAAUGCAUAGAUAAUAGUUGAUUUAGAGAAGACAAUUGGAGAGAGGAACUUGUUGAGAUGCAUGUGAAAUAGGCAGUGAAGGAGCCUGUUUCACAGGCAUCAAGUUCCUCUCUGCACUUAUGUCUCACCACUUGUUGGCUUAGUGCCAUCUGUCUCCCCAAUUCAUAGUUGUUGUUUAAAAAGUACAAGAUUCUAAUUUGCAAAGUGAUACUGUAUUUCUAUAUUUUAUAAGUCAGGCAGUGUCAAAUAAAAUAUGUUAAAGGUUUGUUAUUACCAGCUAUCAUUUAAACUAAAUUAUAUUUUUGUAGUUAAAAAUAUAUAGAAUGACCCUUAAAAAAAAAAUUUAACUGCUAGCUAUUCUCAAACUAGUGUUUUUCUUAUAGUACAUCAUUUUUUUUUUUACUGUGUAUUGAUAUUAAAAACACUUUUAGAAGUUUAAAUGUUUGAAAUUCUAGCAUUACAUACACUGAAGCGGAUCUAGGAAAAAAUUAUUUACUUUUUUAAAAACGUUUUGUAAAUUAUA